UUUUACAGUCUUCGCUUCUUCUCAAUCCAAACUCAGUUCAGACAAAGAUCCUUUCUUUUUCUUGGUCCUACAGCAAUGGCGGUCUCAUUCACUGCCAUCUUUCCCCUCCAGCCUCGUUCGAAAUCACCCAUCUCUUUCACUCGAUCCCCUCUUCCUAUCCCUAAACCAUUUUCAUUCAAAACCCUAAACCCUACCAGUACCAGAACCCCCAAAUUCUUGACCAAAUCUAAAUCUUCCAAACCCAUCACCUCCGAUCGUUUCCUCUCCGACAAUGUCAUCUCCGGCUCAGCCUCCACUCUCCCCAUCGUCUCUACUCCAACACUCAAAUCCCGCCUCCACGCCGGCGAAACUCUCUACGGCAUUUUCCUCAUGAGUUUCUCUCCUACUCUCGCCGAGAUCGCCGGACUCUCCGGCUACGAUUUCGUCGUUGUCGACAUGGAGCACGGUCCCGGUGGCAUCCCCGAAGCUCUGAGCUGCCUCCGUGCCGUCGCCGCCACGCAGACUCCGGCAAUCAUCCGACUUCCGGAGACCAGCCCCACUUGGGCGAAGAAAGCCCUCGAUCUUGGCCCCCAAGGGAUUAUGUUCCCGAUGAUCGAUUCCCCCAAAGAAGCCAAGAAAGCCGUCUCGUACUGUCGAUUCCCGCCGGCCGGGAUUCGUGGCACGGCCCACACCGUCGUCAGGGCUUCCGGCUACGGAAUAGACGAAGGGUAUGCGAGUAAUUACGCAGACGAGCUUCUCAUCAUGUGCCAAGUUGAAUCGGAAGACGGAGCGAAGAAGGCAGGAGAAAUCGCCGCCGUCGAUGGCGUCGAUUGCAUUCAAAUGGGACCGUUGGAUCUGAGCGCGAGCAUGGGGUAUUUGUGGGAUCCAGGGCACAAGAAGGUGAGGGAAAUGUUGAGAACGGCGGAGAAGGGCGUACUCGAGACCACCGCCACCGCCAAGGGCGGAGCUUUCUUGGCCGGAUUUGCUAUGCCGCAUGAUUCGCCGGAGCAGAUGAAGUCACGUGGGUAUCACAUGGUGUCCGGUGCGGUGGACGUUGGGAUGUUCCGAAGCGCCGCCGUUGAAGAUGUGAGGAGGUUUAAGAUGAGUUUGAUCGACGACUCUGAUGACGAGUUGGACCACGAUAAGGAUUCUGACGAGAAGUACUGGAGCGAAUGAGAUUUUCUUUUUUUAAUUGUAAAAAUUUUCGUCAGGUUUUUGUUUCGAGUAUUUUGAGAAAGAAAAUAAUAAUAAUAAUAUCUGUCUGACUGUC